CUCUAAAUGACAGCUCCAAAAAAAAAUAAUAAACAUUCAACAACAAUAAACAUUGGAUGAUUGGACUGAACAAGAUUGAUCAACAUUGAUCAACAUGACUGAAGAACAAUCAAGUAUAUCUGUUGUUAUUUUUGUAGCAGCAGGUGUAUUAACGAUAAUAUUAUUAUUUAUAUUUGCAAAAAGACAAAUAAUGAGAUUUGCAUUGAGAUCAAGAAGAGGUCCUCACAUUGCAAUUGGUCAUGAUGCUAAAAAGUCAUUAAAAAAAGAAAUACAACGACGAAUUGAUGUUAUUCCAAGAAUUCAGUAUGAGCCACAAUUAAUAAGUGAUCCAAGAUAUAUUGUAGAACCAGGAAGUCAAGUUUUACCUCAUUAUUAUAGGCUUAAAGCUGUUGAUGAUAUUAAAACACUUGAAGCAGAAAUAACUAAAUAUGAUAAUUUUUUAAAACGUCACCCAAGUGAAAAUUUACGUGCAUAUUUAUUAAUGACAUUAGCAGCUCCAUUAAAUGGAAGUGGUCAACGUUUAAUACAUCAAUUUUGUGAUUUAUAUGAACAUGCGAGACAUGAUCCAACUGAAUUUAGUGAUGAAGAAUAUCAAGUUUAUUCACGUUUACAUAUGAAAUUAAUUGAUGCAGCAAGAUUACUAAAAUCAUAUCCAAGUAGUAGAAAAUCAAGUCCAAGUAGAACACCAAUUAAAAAAAAUAUUGAAACUAAAAGAAAUAUAUUAGAACCACGAAUGAGACCACCAACAGAUGAACAACAAGUACUUCAUGGUUGUCGUCCAAAUACAUUAACUGUUAUGGCAUUUGAUAAUACUGAAACAUCAGUCUAGCAUUAUGGAAAUCGUCACAUACAUCACAUGUGACGAGAUAAAAUUUAAUUGAAAGAGAAAAAAAAAAUUACAAUGAACACAUAUAUAUUUUUAUUUUUAUUAUAAAUCAAUUGGACCUUUUGUGGAAAAAUAUUUUGUCCAAUUGUCAUUUAAAUGUCGUUGAUUAUUCAAUGAUAUCAAUGAGUUGUGAUAGGCACUUUUGCAUGAAGUUGGUAGAGAACUGGUUCUCAUAAAAUGCAGCCAUUCCAUUGUCUAAAAAAAUGAGUAAAAAGAAAAAUAUAUUAAUAAUUAAAGUAUCUUCAUCACUAAUUAAAAAAAUGACUGAUAGUGAUAAAGAUAAAUUAAUAAGUAAGUAUAUUUUUGGUAUAUAAUAAAAUACCCGCUGCAUUGCAUCUUUCCAAUGUGGCAUUGUAGAAAGUAUUGAUAUUGCUUGAGGAUAUAAUGACACUCUUAUUUCAUGUGAAUUGACAAUUGAUAAAUUAUUUGACAAUUGAAUUGUACAAUUUUUAGUUAACUGCUUCAGAAAUUAUUGUUACCAAUAAUAAAUCAGAUAAAAAUUUUGCUGAUUCAAUUGAUUUUUUGUCAGAUGUAUUGUGAAUUGCUGCAUGUAUUUGAUACAUUAAAUCCCAACACCAAAGAACAUUUGAUUUUUCAUGUUUCAAUUCAGAUUGUAUGUUUUUCAGACAUUCAAGAAAACAUUUAUGUACACUAAAAAAAAAAUAAUAGAAUAUUAAUAGAGAUAUAAUUUAUAGUAUAAGAUUAAAAAUUUAUACAUUUUAAAUAAAUUAAAAUUUACCCUGGUAGUAGUACUGCAGCUCGUACCAUGUUAUUCAUCCAACUUAAUGGUAUUUUAUUGUCACAUUUUAAUACCAAUCCAGCAGGCACAAUUGAUUUUUUGAAUUAUCAUUUAUUAUAUCAUCCCAUAAUAAUUUUUGUUUGUAAAUAAUUUUAAUGGCUUUCUAUCUGGUAAAAUUAUCCGGUUUAAACUUAAAUAUAAUUCAAAUUUCAAUGGCAAAAUACUUUCGUGGUUCACCAGUUGUAAUGAGUGCUUCCAAUGUAUGAAUGACAAUGGGUACAUUUUCUUGACAACCAUUUCUGGUAUCAUAAAUAAUUAUAAUAUAAUCAUUAUAUACAAUAAUUAUAAUAUAAUAACUCAUCUGUAUUAUCAACUUGUUUUGUAUUUAGUAAUUUAUAAAAUAUUUGUAAUAAUACA